AUGGCUUCAUUAUUUCGACGACAGGACCCUGACCCUGAGCUGUGUGUCAAGUAUGCUCACUUUGCUUCUCAUAUGGUGCGAUGGCAGUUCAAGAUUAUCUACUGGACCAUGUUUGUGUCCAACUUGUUGGUCUUGUUUAUUGCUUCGUGGACAUACAUCCGUGGCCAAGCAGCUAUGGAGAAGCUAGCUCAUAACCCCAAAGCACGAACGAAGCGAAUACGGCAGUCGCUUGCCAUGUGUCUUGGAUGUGUUUCUGUCUCAACAGUCAUUGUCGUCAUGGAAGCGUACUCCAUUCUAGCGCUUCAGUUUUGUGACGGUGAAGACCUUAUCUCACUAUAUUGGUCUACCUGGACCAUGAUCCAAGUUGGUUCAUUGAUCGCCAUGAUUGGCAUCAUUCUUGCCAUGGCACAUACCCUUCGUGGACGACAGCAUCCACCAUGGGCACUUGCAUUAGGUACACCCGUUCUUGUGAUUGCUGGAUUCCUUCAUCUAUUCCACGACUGCACAAAGAAGCGAAUUCGAAGCCGUCGCCAGAAGAAGGACUUUGAAUUUGGGCCUCCAAUCAGUCAAGCUAACACAAUUGCGGCCAACCCCGAUGAAGAGGAAGACAUUGAAUACAAAGCACAAGUCAUCGGGCUUACAUUUGACGGUGGUCCCAUCAUUCGAUACACAGAUGCUGUACCCGAGACCCUACCUCAACACGCUGAACUCUUGGGAUACUGCGCACAGAAGAAGCCUAUCGUCAUGUGCAAACGCGAGACGGUUCAAUUUCUGAUGGACUCACCCGCGCAAGUACCACCAUCAGCAUCACCGGCUUUCCGCAAGGGUAACUGA